ACCUGAAAACAAUGAAUUCAUCGUUAUUAUAAUCAAUAUAUUAAUGCUAAAAGUAUGCAAUAGUAACAAAAACGAAGAAAAAAAAUGAAGUUCUUGAAUUCUUUUAUUAUAUCAAAGACAAUAAAAAACGAUAAUUUAUGUACGUAGCGUGGAGAAUGUAAAUAGUUGUUACCUAACCUCUUCCGAUUUUUUAUGAGUGCCUAAAGUUUUUCGAAUUCGAAUUUCUUUAAACACAGAAAUAGGAUCAAUUCUUCCAAGACUCUAAGAGAGAAUUUACAUGUAAAUAAAAGACGCCCGUGGAGUAUGAACUAUGACCAGAUUAUCGAUAAUUAUUCAUUUCUGAUCAUUCUUGAGUAGAUUAAAUGUAGUAUGUAUUAUCUUAUCAUAUGAGUCAUGCUGCUGUACAGAUGUAAAGAUGAGUACUACGAAGCAUAAAAUAUGCAUGGUUUCUGACUUUUUCUAUCCCAACAUGGGUGGCGUGGAGGAGCAUAUUUUUAAUUUGUCCCAGUGUUUACUGGAUCGUGGACAUAAGGUUGUGGUGCUCACACAUUCUUAUGGAAGUAGAAUAGGAAUACGUUAUAUGACAAACGGCCUGAAAGUGUAUUACAUACCAGUGAAGGUUUUUUAUAAUCAAUGUGUUCUUCCUACGAUGAUUUGUUCCAUUCCCCUCAUUAGAUAUAUCUUUAUAAGAGAAAAAAUUCAAAUAGUACAUGGUCAUUCCUCAUUUUCUGCUCUUGCUCAUGAAGGAAUGCUAAUUGGUCGAUUAAUGGGAUUGAAAACUAUUUUUACAGAUCACUCGCUCUUUGGCUUUGCUGACGCAUCCGCGAUCUUAACAAAUAAAUUUCUGGAGAUAUCAUUAGCUGAUUGCAAUCAUUGUAUAUGUGUAUCGCAUAUAGGAAAGGAGAAUACAGUAUUAAGAGCUAAAGUCCAAAAAGAGAAAGUCUCUGUUAUACCAAAUGCAGUUGAUACUACAUUAUUUAUGCCAGAUAUCAGUAAACGAGACAAUAGUUCAAUUACAAUAGUCAUAGUGUCGCGACUAGUGUAUCGCAAAGGCGUCGAUUUAUUAGCUCGCAUUAUACCCAAUAUUUGUAGUCAAUACGAGGACGUGCAGUUUUUGAUCGCUGGAGACGGUCCUAAGAGAUGGCUGAUAGAAGAGGUGCGAGAAAGAAACUUGUUGCAACAUAGGGUGACGUUACUUGGAAGUGUGGAGCACUCUGAGAUCAAGCAUGUCUUGAAUAAGGGUCAUAUCUUUUUGAAUACCAGCCUCACGGAAGCUUAUUGCAUGGCAAUCGUCGAAGCUGCUUCAUGCGGUCUCCAAGUCGUCUCGACGAAAGUUGGAGGUAUACCUGAAGUACUACCUCCUGAUUUAAUUUAUCUCGUAGAUCCUACGGUAUCCGCUCUUAUCGAAGGGCUGAAGUCUGCUAUAAAGGAUUACAGAGAAGGCAAUACUAGGUGUCCUUUUAAGAUACACAAGAGGAUAAGUUUGUUCUACAACUGGUUUAACAUAACUAGAAGAACUGAGAUAGUGUACAAUUUAGUAAAAAAAGAACAUAGUAAGAAUUUAGGUGAACAAUUGACAAGUUACAUUCGGAGCGGAGUACUAGCAUACUUGCUUGUUGUAUCGUUGUGUCACAUUAUUUUACAAAUUUUAGAAGUUCUUGUUCCAAGAAAGUACAUUGACAUUGCAAAAGAUUACACAGAGAUAAACGUUGUUCAUACUCAGGGCGAAGGAAAGGAAGAGUAACGUUUCUUCCGCAAGAUUCAAAACAAGAUUUAGAUCAUCUCAUGCAUUUUUUACCAAGCAUUCCUACCAACGAAUCAUCGAUAGUAUUACUUUUAAUGCAUCUUUCCAUGAAAUGAAUGUUUGCAAGUAUACUUUUUUGAUGAAAUAUUUUUAUCUUGUAUAAACGUGUAUCUACAAAAAAAAACCAAUGAACAAAUACAGUGUCCAAAGUACAAAUACAAUUGUUCGCGAAAAGCAAACGUUAAAAAGCAUUUUUUAUUGUCACACUCUUAUUAUCACAAACACAUUUCAAUCAUACCAUUCGUUAAAAAUAUUUUCAUACGUUUUUUUAGAGACUUUUUUAUUAUGAUAGGUAACAUCGUAUGAAUUGGUGUGUUCGUAUAAUAUCAUAACAGUUCAUAAUUAUAAUUAGCCGCAACGCUUAUUCACAUGUAAAAUAUAUUGCAUCAUUGACAUUAAAAAAUACCUAUGUUAUGUAUAGGAAUCGCUCGCAUUUACAAUUUAUGAUGUGUGUUUAUUUGUUUAUAAUAUAGUUCAUGCGAUAUUUUGAACUUAACGCGCCGAGAAUACUGUGAUAAAUUAAUCAUACACAUGAAUGUACCUGUAUGUAUGUGUGUGUAUGCGCGUGUGUGUAAUAUGACUUUGGUUUACAUUUUCUUUCAUAACCACUGAGUUAUAAGUUCUAGAAUAUUUUUAAGCGAAAUUACUCAUUUCAAGACAGUUUACAAAUUACCUUUCGAAUGUACACAUUUUUAACAAAUUAAGAAAAAAAUGGAAAGGCUAAAUUGAAAAUAUAAUAAUAUUUAUUUUUAUUAUGUUGUACGUUAGAUACAAUAAUAAUAAUAAUAAUAUUAAUACAAUAUCAAUUAUCUGGAUUUGCCUAGUUAAUUAUCCUUGUAUUACUGUACAUUUAUCUAUUUAUACAUAAAUCUUUCACGUAAGAAUCUAUGAUCUUUUCCUAAAGAUUUUAAUUUCUUUUCUCUAAGGAGAAGAUCAUCGAACCUUAUUAACAACCAUUAUAAUUAUUAAGAACGGUUAGAUUCGUCGUAACAUUUCCCGCGCUUAUGAAGAAUAUUCGUGCCAUAUUUUUUUUCGUUUUUGCUUUUCCUCAAAUCCAAUUAAAAAAAAAAAACCAUGGAAAAAAGAAAUCACAUGUUUCCAAACGUGUCGACAAAUUUUCACCACAUGCUUCUCAUAUCCGACAGAGGACUCUUAUGUAACAUGUACAUUUACAAUUAAAACUUUACAAAAGAUACUGCUGUCUAAAUAUUGCGUUAAUGAAAUCUUACAUGAAUUCUUCGUUCAGUGGUUAUCAGUUUCGAUUGACCUCGGUUAUUAUUAUAAGAAGUAUAUGCCGACGAGAGUGAGAUCCACACGUAGGCACACGCAGUAAUCGAUCCGGAACUUCUCUUAUACGCUAUGUAAGUCUCUCAAAGUCAACGGUUUCUAAAUAUUACACGAGCUUACUUUCAUAUUCUUUUCUUUCAAUCUGAAGCAAAACAGAAGAAUGAACGAUAGUUCUCUUUAUAAAUCGUUCGACAUGCAAGUACUAUUUUUUUUUCAUUUUUUUUUUCUUUUUCUUUCAAGUCAGUGUUCUCAAAGUGUUAAGAAAGUACAAGAAGGUUCUCGUUUUCCCCGCAACGUAAUUACCACUGAGACGUUACGGUUCUCUUUAAUAAGUAUUCGGUUUUUUUUUUUACUUUGUUUUAGGUUAUGUGAUAUAAUACAAUCGUCUCUUAUAUUCGUUCAAAAUAUUUCAAUUGCUCUUAAAAAACGGUUGGUAAAUUGGUCGAAAAGAAA